AAAGUGGGGAAGAGAUGGCCAGUUCAGCCCGGGAACAUCUGCUUUUUGUGCGACGUCGCAACCCACAGCUACGGUAUACUCUGAGCCCAGAGAAUCUGCAGAGUUUGGCAUCUCAGGGCACCAUGGCUGAGAAUAUGAACUUGCAGCGUGCCAACAGUGACACUGAUUUAGUGACCUCGGAUAGCAGGUCUAGUUUGACAGCCAGUAUGUACGAAUACACCUUGGGGCAAUCUCAGAACCUCAUCAUUUUCUGGGAUAUUAAGGAAGAAGUAGACCCAACUGACUGGAUAGGACUUUAUCACAUAGAUGAGAACUCUCCAGCCAAUUUUUGGGAUUCCAAGAAUCGGGGAGUGACUGGCACGCAAAAAGGACAAAUUGUAUGGCGAAUUGAACCUGGCCCCUAUUUUAUGGAAUCUGAAAUAAAGAUCUGUUUUAAAUAUUACCAUGGUGUUAGUGGAGCCCUCCGAGCUACUACUCCAUGUAUCACUGUGAAAAACCCUGCUGUGAUGAUGGGAGUAGAAGGCACGGAUGAAGGUGCUUCUGGAGCCCAGCACUCUAGGAAAUUAGUCAGCUUUACCCUAUCAGAUAUUAGAGCAGUUGGACUUAAAAAAGGCAUGUUCUUCAACCCUGAUCCUUAUCUAAAGAUGUCCAUUCAGCCAGGCAAGAAAAGUACAUUUCCUACAUUUGCUCAUCAUGGCCAGGAAAGAAGGUCGACUAUCAUCAGUAACACAACUAAUCCUGUCUGGCACAGAGAGAAAUAUUCUUUUGUUGCACUUCUAACAGAUGUCCUGGAAAUUGAGGUUAAAGACAAAUUUGCCAAGAGUCGUCCAAUCAUCAAGCGCUUUCUUGGGAAGUUAACCAUACCAGUUCAGAGGCUAUUGGAGAGACAUGCAAUUGGAGACCAGAUUGUCAGCUAUAAUCUUGGCAGAAGGCUCCCAGCUGAUCAUGUAAGUGGAUAUCUCCAAUUCAAAGUGGAAAUUGCAUCUUCUGUUCACGAAGAUGCUUCACCAGAAACAGUUGGUACUUUGCUAGGAGUGAACUCUGUGAAUGGAGACUUGGGGAGCCCCUCUGAUGAUGAGGACAUGCCAGCAGGACAUCAUGAUACAUCCACAGUGUGUUCCAAUGGUCCAGUCCUUGAGGAGUCUUCUGGAGAAGCAAUCCUAAGACACCCUUUAAGGACUAGUACGACUCUGGAAACAGACCAGGAUGACUUGACCUCUGGUGCUUCAAGAUCAUCACCUAUCAGAGGUCGUCAGGACUCACUAAAUGACUAUCUGGAUGCAAUAGAACACAAUAAUCAUCCCAGACCUGGAACGUCUGCCUGUGGUGAGCGCCCACGUGGAGCCUCCCCAAAACUGAGGAGUAGCUUCCCUACUGACACAAGACUUAAUGCUAUGCUUCACAUUGACUCAGAUGAAGAGGAGCAUGAGCUACAUCAAGAUCUGGGUUUUCCAUCUUCCUUGGAAGAUGAUGGUGGUUUAGUAAUGCUUAAUGGUGCUACGAGAAACGUUGAAAGAAAUGGUUUAAGUUAUUCAUCAGAUCAGGUAAUGCAAGGGCCUGCAGAGAAUGAAAACGUUUCGACCUCUGAGGCUCCUUUGCCAUCAACUGAUGACCAGCAAGAGACUCUCCCAGAGCUUCCACCCUCACAGUUAGCAGAAGGUGAAAGCCUGCAAGCUUCUCAAAGCGAAGCACCAGCAGACCAGGCUGACAGUGAAUUGUGUGCUGCUCAGGAGGCAGAGCAGCCUCCUGGUAGUGCAGAUGCUGGAGCUGCUGAUGCUGCUGAUGCUGCUGCUGGGAGCAGAAGGGGUGUUAGUGAAACAGAAUCCAUUGAUCAAGGGUCUGAACCUUCCCAGAUGUCAUCAGAAACCGAGCAGAGUGACCCUGCUCGCACAGAAAGCGUCAGUGAGGCUAGUACCCGACCAGAAGGGGAGAGUGACAUGGAAGGGGCAGACAGCUCUUGCAACGAAAGUGCAACUGUGCGACGUUCCUCAGUUGAAAUGCGAUGUUCUUUGGAAAGUUCCAGGUUUCCUGAAACUCCAGCCUUUUCUUCUCAAGAGGAGGAAGAGGGAGCUUCUGCCACUGAUGGAACUAGAAUUGAGCCAGGUGCUGAAACGCAGGAUGCUCCAAGUACUUCUGGUUCUUUACCUGCGGUACAGUUACCUCAGGAGGAAGUACAGGAGGCUGAGGCAGGUGAAUUGCAAGACCAAGAGGAAGCAGAAGAAAUCUGGCAAAGAAGAAGCAGCCUGCAGGCAGCGGCUGCCAAUAGCCAGUCUCAGGACGAAGAAACGGAAGGGGCCCAAGCAGCUUGUGAGGGUGCGACAGCACAGGUUGAAGGAGCUACUGGAGGUUCUCAAGCCAAUGGCCAUCAGCCCUUGAGGUCGCUGCCUUCGGUACGUCAGGAUGUUAGCCGCUACCAGAGAGUGGAUGAGGCUCUACCACCAAACUGGGAGGCUCGAAUUGACAGCCAUGGACGGAUUUUUUAUGUGGACCAUGUGAACAGGACAACAACAUGGCAGCGACCCACAGCCCCCCCAGCCCCACAGAUUCUCCAGAGGUCAAAUUCCAUACAGCAAAUGGAACAGCUGAAUCGCCGGUACCAGAGCAUCCGAAGAACAAUGACUAACGACAGGCCUGAAGAGCAUACAAAUGCUGUGGAUGGAGCUGGAGAGGAAACCGACUUUCACCAUUCUAAUGCAGAUUUUCGAAGAGAGAAUGUGCUGCCUCACUCUACCUCCAGAUCCAGACUUACUUUAUUGCUCCAGUCUCCCCCUGUGAAAUUCCUUAUCAGCCCAGAGUUCUUUACAGUGCUGCAUUCUAACCCUAGUGCCUACCGCAUGUUUACAAAUAACACGUGUUUGAAGCACAUGAUCACCAAAGUCCGGCGGGACACCCACCAUUUUGAGCGCUACCAGCAUAACCGUGACUUGGUGGGCUUCCUCAACAUGUUUGCUAACAAACAGCUGGAGCUGCCGAGAGGUUGGGAGAUGAAACACGACCAUCAGGGCAAGGCUUUCUUUGUUGACCACAAUUCCCGCACCACCACGUUCAUAGACCCCCGGCUUCCCUUGCAGAGCAGCAGGCCCACUAGUGCGUUAGUCCAUCGGCAGCACUUAACCAGACAGCGCAGCCACAGCGCUGGUGAGGUCGGAGAGGACUCCCGUCAUUCAGGACCACCGGUUUUGCCCAGACCGUCCAGCACGUUUAAUACAGUCAGCAGAGCUCAGUACCAGGACGUGGUUCCAGUGGCUUACAAUGACAAGAUUGUUGCAUUUUUGCGGCAGCCCAAUAUCUUUGAAAUUCUGCAAGAGCGUCAACCAGAUCUUACCAGGAAUCAUUCACUCAGGGAGAAGAUCCAGUUCAUCCGGACAGAGGGAACACCUGGGUUGGUGCGUUUAUCCAGUGAUGCAGACCUUGUCAUGUUACUCAGCUUGUUUGAGGAGGAGAUAAUGUCAUACGUGCCGCCACAUGCCUUACUUCAUCCUAGUUAUUGCCAGUCCCCAAGAGGCUCGCCGGUGUCUUCGCCUCAGAACUCUCCAGGUACUCAGCGUGCCAAUGCCCGAGCUCCAGCUCCUUACAAAAGAGAUUUUGAAGCCAAACUGAGGAACUUUUACAGGAAGUUGGAGACUAAAGGAUAUGGACAAGGCCCAGGGAAACUGAAAUUAAUCAUCAGGAGAGAUCACUUGCUAGAAGAUGCCUUUAACCAGAUCAUGGGCUACUCAAGAAAAGACCUGCAGAGAAAUAAACUCUAUGUCACGUUUGUUGGGGAAGAAGGGUUGGACUACAGUGGACCCUCAAGAGAGUUUUUUUUCCUGGUGUCUAGAGAGCUCUUCAAUCCGUAUUAUGGUUUGUUUGAAUAUUCAGCCAACGAUACCUAUACAGUACAAAUCAGUCCCAUGUCUGCUUUUGUAGACAAUCAUCAUGAGUGGUUCAGGUUUAGUGGACGAAUACUUGGUCUUGCUCUGAUACAUCAGUAUUUGCUAGAUGCCUUUUUUACACGGCCCUUUUAUAAAGCCCUCCUCCGAAUACUCUGUGACCUGAGUGACCUGGAAUAUCUCGACGAGGAGUUUCACCAGAGUUUGCAGUGGAUGAAAGACAAUGAUAUCCAUGAUAUCCUAGAUCUCACGUUUACUGUAAAUGAAGAAGUUUUUGGGCAGAUCACAGAACGGGAAUUAAAGCCAGGAGGUGCCAACAUCCCAGUCACUGAAAAGAACAAGAAAGAAUACAUAGAAAGAAUGGUGAAAUGGAGAAUUGAGAGAGGAGUUGUACAACAGACAGAAAGUCUAGUUCGUGGUUUCUAUGAGGUGGUUGAUGCAAGGCUCGUGUCUGUGUUUGAUGCCAGAGAACUGGAACUGGUUAUAGCUGGAACAGCAGAAAUUGACUUGAGCGACUGGCGAAAUAAUACAGAGUAUAGAGGAGGUUAUCAUGACAAUCACAUCGUAAUUCGGUGGUUUUGGGCUGCUGUGGAAAGAUUCAAUAACGAACAACGACUAAGACUUCUACAGUUUGUGACAGGCACGUCCAGCAUACCUUACGAAGGAUUUGCCUCUCUACGGGGGAGCAAUGGUCCAAGAAGGUUCUGCGUAGAGAAGUGGGGGAAGAUCACUGCUCUUCCAAGGGCUCACACUUGUUUCAAUCGUCUGGACCUUCCCCCUUAUCCAUCGUUCUCUAUGUUAUAUGAAAAACUGUUGACAGCAGUUGAAGAGACAAGUACUUUUGGACUUGAGUGAUACACAAACCACAGUGCCCAGCUCAUUGGACUUUUGUGGAUCUGUCUUCUCAAGGAAUGAAUGAACGUUUGUAUUGGAUUUCCUAGAGGGAAACUGUUUCACGGUGCAAUUCAAAUAAUGAGGUUCCAUGAAUGAGCUUAUGAGGCAACUAAAAAGCAUUGUGGUAGUGGCAAAAUUCUCUACAGUGAAACUGGAGUGUGCCUGAUACGCAGGGAAAACCAAAUCUUGCAAUCCAUGGUUUUUCAGGAUGGCCAAAUUUCUUCAGUUUAUGUUCUGAGCAAACAAAAACCGUGAUCCCA